AUGUCUGCUUCAUCAUCUUGUUCCAAAGUUUUUGAACUUGGAAAGUACAGGGUAGAGUUCCAAACAGUUGAGGCAGCUGAGGAUAGUGGAUGCUGCAGCACCAAGUCUUCUUCAAGUGUUUCUCUUCGGCCUCCGAAACCGCUUUUGAUUGGCAUCCCUUGUGAAGCUGGAGAGUUCCCAGUGCUGCUUCUCCUCCAUGGUUUCCUUCUCUCCAACUCUUUCUACUCUCAGCUUAUCCGACAGAUCGCCUCUCAUGGCUUCAUUGUCAUUGCUCCUCAGUUGUAUACUAUAGCUGGAUCAGAUACAAGUGAUGAGAUCAAGUCGGCAGCUGCAAUAACAAACUGGUUAUCUGAAGGACUACAAACCUUUCUUCCACCUCAUGUUCAAGCAAAUCUAAGCAAGUUAGCACUCGCCGGCCACAGCCGGGGUGGCAAAGUUUCUUUUGCACUAGCACUAGGAAAAGAAGGCAUCACUACUAGCUUGAAAUUUUCAGCCUUGAUUGGCAUAGACCCAGUUGAUGGAAUGGACAAGGGAAAACAAACCCCUCCACCAGUACUAAACUAUGUUCCUCAUUCUUUCGAUCUCGACGACAUGGCAGUGAUGGUCAUUGGCACUGGUUUGGGUGAAGUGAAGAGAAACCCUCGCUUCCCUCCUUGCGCUCCAAAGGGUGUCAACCAUGAGAACUUCUUCGAUGAAUGUCGAAAACCAGCUUGUUACUUUGUGGCGGUUAGAGGAAAGGCUACAUAUUGUUUGUGCAAAAAUGGCAAGUCUAGAGAACCCAUGAGAAAAUUUGUUGGUGGAGUUGUGGUUGCUUUCAUCAAAGCCUAUUUGGGAGGAGAUAGUAGUGAACUAUUGGCUAUAAGAGAAGCAGGGCAUGAGGCUGCACCGAUUGAGCUUCAAACUGUCAUAUGGUUUUGA